AUGGCGAAUCCUACCCCCUUCAUCGUCUUGGCAAUGCUCCUUUUCAUCCUCCAUCAAGUCUGCGCUAAAGAGGUGUCGGAAGUGCCAGAGCUGUGCACACCACUUGGCCAUCCGGACAUGGAUUGUCAACACGGCAUUGUUUGCGAGAAGGACUGGCCUUCAGAGACGGGAAAUUACGGGUUGAGAUCUCACACUAUCAAGAUUGAGCCUUUGCGGAGAGUCUUGUUUCACCCAAGUGUGGUCAAUUCCACAGCGACCACAACCGAGACCCAUCAACGCCGUUGGAGCAGACCAUCUGUUGUUCCGAAUCCCGGAUUUGGGUUUCCAGAGCAGUGCUGCCGACCAACCGUAGAAUGUUACAACUUCAUGACUACGCUCGAAGACUACGACGGCUUGGAUUGGAAUGGCCGUCUCUUGAUAAAGGAUUUAGAGACGUGGAAGAAAGCGGAAUGCUGCAUGGCAGACUUUGUGACACCCAAGUCGUGGUGUCUGUUUCCUCCGGCACGAAAUCGCUGGUACGACUUUGGUGAAGGACCACCGGCUUGUUCGAGAUUCCAUGGAAACUAUUGGAUCAAUUCUCCCUUCAGGUAG